AUGGGAGAAGUGAAUGUGACAUUUAAGGAACCGGUACACAAGAUUAUUGACCGGAUCAAACACGAGUCGUAUUUUAGGUGGCUGAAUAAGAUGGGAGGGGACUCGUCCAGGAGGAAUCAGAAUCUAUACUGCACUUAUCACCGGGAUAAAGGACACACUACCGAACAGUGCCGGGUUCUGAAGGAUCACCUCGGGCAAUUAGUCAAGGUCGGACAUUUAAAGGAUUUCGUGCUGGACUCGGGGGACAGAAUUGCAAGGCAAGACACUCGGCAAAGGGGAAAUCCCCUCCCACCAUUUGUGGGGGUGAUUGAAGUUAUCCACGUCGCACCGGGAAAGCCCAUUUCCGAGAGGAGGAAAGGGGUAUUGACAAUAGUACCGGUGGAGGAUAAUCCAGACCUACAGUUGCCGGGUAAGAAAAUGAAGUUUGCACGGGAGCCUAUCUCAUUUGACGAUGACGAUUUGGAGGGGAUGAUCCAACCACAUGAUGACGCAUUAGUGGUCACGGCCAGGAUAAAUGGCUUUUUAGUAAAGAAGGUAAUGGUAUACCAAGGGAACGGGGCCGAUGUGAUGUAUCUGGACCUGUUUAGGGGGCUCGGACUGAAGAAUGAGGACUUGAUGAAGCAUACCUCGCCCUUGGUUGGGUUCGACGGCAAAGUAGUAAUCCCUGAAAGGCAAAUUUCACUUCCCAUGAUUAUGGGGGGAAAGGAGGUGGCAGUGAUAUUUACAAUAGUAGAUUCAUUUUCCCCAUAUACGGCCAUUCUGGGGAGGCCGUGGAUCCAUUCAAUGGUGGCCGUUACGUCUACCCUACAUAUGAAGAUCAAAUUCCCAAUCGAGCAAGGUGUCAUCGUGAUAAGAGGAGACCAGCAAGCGGCUAGAUAG